CAGUUGCAGAGAUGGGUCUAAACUCGAACAGAGUGGAAGCGGCAUGCAAUGAAACCGCCCUGAGAAUCACAACAACAGACUCUUUAACAUCCAUGGAUGUCCAUAGAGUGUGUUUACCACCCAAGCAAACUGUUUUUCAAGUACUCAAACACAGGCUCUCUGAAAUUUUCUUCCCAGAUGACCCUCUUCACAGAUUCAAAAACCAAUCACCAUUUACCAAACUGGUUUUGGGUCUUCAAUAUUUCUUCCCUAUAUUCCAAUGGGGUCCUAACUACAAUCUCAAGCUUCUGAAAUCCGACAUUAUCUCUGGGCUCACCAUUGCAAGUUUGGCAAUUCCGCAGGGAAUUAGCUAUGCAAAGCUUGCUAAUUUGCCGCCUAUAAUUGGUCUUUAUUCAAGCUUUGUGCCACCUCUGAUAUAUGCUGUCCUUGGGAGUUCCAGACAUCUUGCGGUUGGCCCAGUCUCAAUAGCAUCUCUGGUCAUGGGCUCAAUGCUUGGAGAGUCAGUCUCCAACACUGAAGAGCCAAUUCUCUUUCUAAAAUUGGCUUUAACUGCCACAUUAUUUGCUGGUAUAUUUCAGGCGUCUCUGGGAUUACUUAGGUUAGGUUUCAUCAUUGAUUUUCUCUCUAAGGCAACUCUGGUUGGAUUCAUGGCUGGGGCAGCAAUCAUCGUAUCCCUACAACAGCUGAAAGGGUUGCUUGGGAUUGUACACUUCACUGGCAAGAUGCAAAUCAUUCCUGUUAUGUCCUCUGUUUUUAAGCACACAAACGAGUGGUCUUGGCAAACCAUUAUAAUGGGCUUGAGCUUCUUGGCCUUUCUACUGACAACAAGGCAUAUUAGCACGAGGAAACCAAAGCUUUUCUGGGUUUCAGCAGCGGCUCCAUUAACAUCUGUUAUUCUAUCAACCAUUAUAGUCUUUGCCUUUAGAGCCCAUAUUCAUGGCAUUUCAACAAUAGGUCACUUGCAAAAGGGUAUAAACCCACCUUCAGCAAAUAUGUUAUAUUUGCAUGGCCCUUACUUAGGCCUUGCCAUCAAGACAGGGAUCAUAACUGGGAUUUUGUCUCUCACUGAGGGAAUUGCAGUAGGAAGAACAUUUGCUUCUCUCAGAAAUUAUCAGGUUGAUGGAAACAAAGAAAUGAUGGCAAUUGGUUUGAUGAACAUGGCUGGUUCUUGCGCUUCAUGCUAUGUAACCACAGGAUCCUUCUCUCGAUCUGCCGUCAACUUCAACGCCGGGGCACAGACGGCAGUCUCCAACAUAGUAAUGGCGGCAACCGUGCUGGUGACCCUUCUGUUCCUCAUGCCACUGUUUACUUAUACCCCCAACGUCAUCUUGGGAGCGAUCAUCAUAACUGCCGUGAUUGGGCUAAUUGACUACCGAGCUGCCUAUCGGCUGUGGUGCGUCGACAAGCUCGACUUCUUUGCCUGCAUGUCUGCUUUUUUUGGUGUUCUCUUCCUCUCCGUUCAGAUGGGUCUUGCCAUUGCUGUCGGAGUCUCAAUGUUCAAGAUUCUAUUGCAUGUGACGAGGCCAAACACGGUGGUUUUAGGGAACAUUCCGGGGACCCAAAUUUUCCAAAACCUCAGCCGUUACCAAGUUGCUUCAAGGGUUCCCUCGUUCCUCAUACUUGGCAUUGAAUCCCCAGUCUACUUCGCAAAUUCCGCUUAUCUCCAAGAAAGGAUACUAAGAUGGGUCAGAGAGGAGGAAGACAGGAUUCGAGAAAGCAACGAGAGUCCCUUAAAAUGCGUCGUCUUGGACAUGUCCGCUGUAACAGCCAUAGACACCAGUGGCAUUGAGGCAAUACGUGAACUUCGGAAGACACUUGAGAAACGAUUGAUUCAGUUUGUGUUGGUAAAUCCUGUUGGAGAAGUGAUGGAAAAGCUCCACCGCUCCAGAAUUUUGGAGUCGUUUAAAUUGAACGGGCUCUACCUCACAGUUGGAGAAGCCAUCUCGGACAUCUCGUCGCUGUUCAAGGCUCAGCCGUGAGCUCAUCCUUUGGAUUGCUUACUGUCUCACCAUAGUAACAAUAAGUAAAUAGCAGGAAAAACAUUGUAAUAAGGAACACUUGUACGUCGCUGGUGUAGCUGCGUAGGUCAAGCUCUUCUAAGAAGAGAUUGUCAAAGAAUUAGGGCAGUUUUUGGUAUAGAAGGCAACGAUUUCCCCUAAAAAAAAACUGAAUCUGGUACAAUUUUUCUUGUUAACCAUCAACCAAAUAUGAUAUUAUUGCUAAUGGG